AUUUUUUAAUUCUUACUGUAAAUCCAGACCACAUCCUUCAACUACUUGUACAACACUCCCAUCGGAAGGUCCGCGGGUUGGUUGCUAAGCUGAGAGGCACGAGGAGGAGGAGAAGGAAAUGAAAACGCAAGGGCGAGAAAAUUCAUUAAUUCUGCAGUCUUCCCUUCGUCCACGUCUUCUAGAUUGCCCAUCGCAUUGCGACUCUCUCUCCCUCGUGAAAUCUCCACCUACUUUUAUUAAUUAACAAUCAAAAUCCAUCUUUUCCACCUCCGGUGGUGACUGGAGUAGCCGGAGAACCCAUCCAUGGCUAUCAUGUCUUUGCUCACCUACUUCUCCUGCUCCCCACCGUACGGAGCUCGCGUCGGCGAGUGGCUCUCCUUCAUCUUCCUCUCACCCUGUCCACAACUUGUUCUGUUCUCCUUGGUUGAUCUCCUCUUCCUUCUGUUCCUCGUCGUCUUCUUCAUCCAGAAGCUACGGAGCAGCCGCCGGCGCGCCAAAGAAUCGAUCUUUGAUAUUGGGAAGCCUCUCCUCUCGCCCGACUCUUUCAACUCCCCCGACGUCCGCACAACCUGGCGCUUCAAGCUCCCGCUCGCCCUUUCCUGUGCACUCUGCGUUGUCUUCCUUGUACUUGCCAUUGUCGAUAUCCUCUACCCCUCCUCUCCCUUCUACCCGCGCCUCGUUCAAUCCAUUACCCUCUUUCUCCAGUUCCUCUCCAACCUCGCAGCGGCCGCCAUUAUCUCUCACGAGAAGCGCUUCCGCGCCGUCUCACACCCCUUAACACUCCGCGUUUACUGGGUUGCCUCUUUUAUCCUCUCUGUUAUUCUAUCCACCUCCGCCAUCAUUCGCCUUUUCUCCUCCUGCCACACCAUCCUAGCCGACGACAUCAUCUCCAUCAUCUUCCUCCAUUUUACCGCCGCUCUCCUCAUCUUCGCCAUCUCCCCUUCUACUGGUAUCCAUGCCCAUUCAUUAUCCCCUGCAUCUUCGUCAACCGACGAAAUCAAUAAUAUCCAACCGAACGCCAAUGUCACCGCCUACAGCACCGCUUCCAUCCUCUCCCGACUCAGCUGGAGCUGGAUGAAUCCACUCCUAACCAAGGGCUACAAAUCUCCCCUCAAGCUUGAGGACGUUCCAUCUCUCUCAUCGGAGCACCGAGCAGAGCGGCUUUACAACCUCUUUGCUUCCAAGUGGCCUAACCCCGCCAUCAAAACCAAACACCCUGUCGGCAAAACACUACUCCGAUGCCUCUGGCCGGAGCUCCUCCUCACCGCUUUCCUCGCCGUCGUCCGCCUCUGCGUGAUGUACAUCGGCCCCACCCUCAUCAAUCGCUUCGUAGACUUCGCCUCCGGCAAACGCUCCUCUUUCUACGAAGGGUAUUACCUCUGCUUCACCCUCCUUGCAGCCAAGUUCGUCGAGGCCCUCUGUUCCCACCAAUACAACUUCCAUUCCCAGAAGACGGGGAUGCUCAUCCGCUCCACCCUCAUCACCGCCUUGUACAGCAAGGGCCUCCGCCUCUCAUGCUCCGCCCGCCAAUCCCACGGCGUCGGCAAGAUCGUUAACUACAUGGCCGUCGACGCCCAGCAGCUCUCCGACAUGAUGCUCCAGAUACACUACCUCUGGCUAACGCCCUUACAAGUUGGCGUCGCCCUCGCCCUUCUCUACGCCUACCUCGGUCCCUCCGUCACCUCCGCCGUUGCCGGCAUCGCCGCCGUGAUGGUCUUCGUCGUCUUCGGCACAAAGCGGGUGACCGUUCGGACCCGCCGCGGCUCCCUUGCUGCCGUCGUUGGUACCGUUGGAUCCGGCAAGUCCUCCCUCCUCUCCUCCCUCCUCGGGGAGAUGCGACGCAUUUCGGGAAAGGUUAGGAUAUGUGGAAGCACAGCUUAUGUGGCACAGACAGCAUGGAUACAGAAUGGAACUAUUCAGGAAAACAUAUUGUUUGGUCUGCCCCUGAAUGAAGACAAAUACAAGGAAGUGAUCCGUGUAAGCUGUUUGGAGAAGGACUUGGAUAUGAUGGAGUUUGGGGAUCAGACUGAGAUUGGAGAGAGAGGAAUCAAUCUUAGCGGUGGCCAAAAACAACGCAUACAACUCGCCAGGGCUGUUUAUCAAGAUUCUGAUAUAUACCUCCUCGAUGAUGUCUUCAGUGCUGUCGAUGCUCACACGGGCUCAGAGAUCUUUAAGGCAAGUUUAGAAGUUCAAGUGCUGCUUAAGAUAGCAUGCAAGUCGAGCAACGAUCACAAGGGUGGAAGUCAAAUGGAUGGCACCUCAGAGAUUGUCCGCGUUAGUAGUGCACUUGCUCUCCCUUAUGAAACAGAUGAAGGCAAGGAGAAUGCCGUCGACGCCCAGCAGCUCUCCGACAUGAUGCUCCAGAUACACUACCUCUGGCUAAUGCCCUUACAAGUUGGCGUCGCCCUCGCCCUUCUCUACGCCUACCUCGGUCCCUCCGUCACCUCCGCCGUUGCCGGCAUCGCCGCCGUGAUGGUCUUCGUCGUCUUCGGCACAAAGCGUAACAACCGCUACCAAUUCUCCCUCAUGGGCAUGCGCGACAAGCGCAUGAAAUCUACCAAUGAAAUGCUCAGCUACAUGCGCGUCAUCAAAUUCCAGGCCUGGGAGGAGCAUUUCAACAAACGGAUACAGACCUUCCGGUCCGAGGAGUUAGGCUGGCUUUCCCGCUUCCUGUACUCUGUCGCCGCAAACAUCGCGGUCCUCUGGAGCGCGCCGGUGCUAUUCUCCUCGAUGGUCUUCGGCACCUGCGUCGCCUUCGGCGUUCGCCUUGAUGCCGGCCUUGUCUUUACAGCCACCUCUUUAUUCAAGAUCCUGCAGGAACCGAUGCGCAACUUUCCGCAGGCGCUGAUCUCGGCUUCGCAGGCCGUGAUCUCGCUGGAGCGGCUGGAUUCCUACAUGACCAGCGGCGAGCUCCAGGAUGCCGCAGUAGAGCGGGUGGCCGGCUGUGAAGCCGACGAUGCACCUGCGGUGGAGGUCUGCGAUGGGGUGUUCUGUUGGAACGACGACGUCGAUGAAGCCGAUGCUGCGGGUCUAAAGAAUGUGAACGUUCGGAUCCGCCGCGGCUCCCUUGCUGCCGUCGUUGGUACCGUUGGAUCCGGCAAGUCCUCCCUCCUCUCCUCCCUCCUCGGGGAGAUGCGACGCAUUUCGGGAAAGGUAAAGCCGCUCUGUCAUCUUCUUCGCCGCACAUCAAUCGUUGUCUUUGAAAAACUUGGACCACUCUGGAUGAUCAACACCCACUCUCAACAGAUGCCAACUACAUUGAGAAUGUGCAAUUCAGCUACUCUUAAACUAACCACUACAAAUAUUUCCCUAUUUCUUUUAAGAAUCUAUCAAUUUUUUUCAGUCGUUGAUAAUGGAGAGAACUGGAGCGUUGGCCAGAGGCAGCUUUUCUGUUUGGGUCGAGUUCUGUUGAAGAAAAGCCGUAUUUUGUUCAUGGAUGAGGCAACUGCUUCUGUGGAUUCACACACCGACGGAUUAAUCCAGAAGAUCAUCCGUGAAGACUUCGCAAACUGUACCAUUAUCAGCAUUGCUCAUAGAAUUCCCACUGUUAUGGACUGCAAUAGAGUGCUGGUUGUAGAUGCAGGACUAGCGAAGGAAUUUGAUGCUCCGGCGAAUUUAAUCAAUAGACCCUCACUUUUUGGGGCAUUAGUUCAGGAGUAUGCCAACCGCUCGUCAGGUCUGUGA